AUGGCGUCGUUGCCGUCUUCCUUGCGAAACAGGAAUGGUUUCUCGUCGAUGCGGUUCCUGGGAGUUCUGAAGCAGCAGGAAUCUCCAACCACAGGAGGGCACAACGGUGGCGCCGGCCUGGGGAGGCACGAGGACGGCGGGAGCGGGGAGGAUCGGGUCCUGGAGCUGGAGGAGAGCGACGUGGUGUGGUCGCCGGCCUGCUUCUCGGAUCAGUCGGAGUCUCACUCCCCCGUGGACUCUGCCGGUCCCAACUCGCCGCUCUCCACGGCGUCGACGUGCCGCUCCGCCUCUUCCUUGUCUCCAUCGGGGAACCAGGUCCUUCAGCGCCACUUCCGCGACGGCCACGGGCGCCGGAGCGGGCACCACUUCACGCCGGAGAGGUUCGGGCUCUCGGCGGCGCUGGUAGAGGAGCCGGGGCUGCUUGUGCAGCAGCGGAAGCCGUCGUUCGACCCGUCGGCGUCUGCUACCAUCGCUGUGCGUACUGUGCCGCCGAUCCCUGCGCUGAAGCCUGAGGCGGGAUCUGACGGUUACUCGUCGGGACAGGGGAACCUGUUCGGGCAGUCGGCUCCGAUGAACGUGCCGGCGUGGCCCAGGAAAGGUCUGCGGCCAUUGGGGGAGAGGGCCCCGAAUGAGGAAGACGAUUGGGACAAGGAUCGGGCGUGGGAGGACAAGGAUAAAGGAGAGAUGGUGCCCCCCCACCUGAUCGUCGCGAGAUCACAUUCGACGACGUUCUCGGUGUUCGAGGGCGUCGGGCGGACACUGAAGGGCAGAGACUUGAGGCGGGUGCGGAAUGCCGUGUUUCAGAAGACGGGGUUCCUUGAGUAG